AACUUAUUAAAUAGGUGGUAAUGUGAAGCUGUGUUCUGAAUUUAGAGUAUAUUCAAGUAUGAAUGCAUCUAGCAAUGUAGUGCUAACCAAUUUGAAUGCGAGCACCUGUGUUAGAAGACCUCAGGAUCUCGACUCAUGCCCGGGUGUCCGGAAAUUAUUGACCAGAAGGCCCGAUGAAAGAGUGGGUCCAAUGCCAGCCUAUUUGAAGGAACAGUUUCUGGAGGGCCAGAAGAACGCAUGUCAAAUACUGCAAGAGUACUGUCAGAUUAGACGUCUCACGCUUAGUUAUGAGGCAAUGAACCCACCUGACAUUCCUGGCAUUGAAGUAUGUUGGUGGAUGCGUGUAGUAAUCAAUCAAGUUACGUUUCCGAGGGCAGCCGGCAAGAACAAAAAGAUAGCGAAACAAGAAGCCGCCGAGAGUGCGCUGAUGCGUUUGUUCGACAUCGAGCCUGUGCUGAGUACGCUGAUGAAUGAAAGUGCAAUGGGUUCUGUAGUGGAGACAAGAGAGGGCCAUGAUGAGUCCAUGAAUUUUCUGGAGGAACUGAAGAGCAUUGUUCCUGUAGCGAGAGUGGAAGAUAAAGUUCAAAAGUUCUUGGACAGUAAUGAUUUUUCUGCGAACAGAACGAAACUGAUGGGAUCGACGCUUGUGAAGGCACCUGUCAAGGCAUUAGUUACAGGAAGCAACUGGGACGACUCAGAUGACGAGGAAAAAUCAGCUGUUAAAAGUUGCAAAGGCGACGCUUCAUCUGUAAUUUCACCGUCUCCCAUUUACCAAGCAGACGGAAUCGUUAUGCAGAAAACCUCUUCGAUAAAUGUUAUGUUCGAGAGAAAUUUAGAUUAUCAGAACCUUCCAUUUUCAGCUUUGAUUCUGGUGAUGUUUCAAACGAUAUUAAUGAAUAUUUUGGAAAAGAUAAAAACUGAGUCUGUCGUGAAUCAGUUGUCUGGUGAUUACGCUGCAAUUAUGGUCCAAAAAGAGCCACGAGACAUAGACGUAGUGGCCAUUGGAAGUGGCCGUGGUCACCUAGACUCGAAUGAAUGGCCUCCUAUCUACCUUGGAACAGUUUUACAUGAUUGUCACUCAAUUGUAAUUGCUCGUCGCUCUUUUCUCAGGUAUCUGUACAUUGAGCUUACGAAACAUUUGGAAGGUAUAGAGCCCCAGGAUUCGAUCUUCAAACCAAAGCCAGAUGAAAAUGGCAGAUGGUCGCUCAAAGAUUCAGUGACAUUUCACGCGAUGAUGUCACGGGCUCCUUGUGGAGCCGCAGCUUCCGAGCAAUCAAGCGCUGCUGAAAUUAAAGAAGAAUCAUUAAUAUCUCACAGUUCUUCUCCAGAUAGAAAACUUUCGAGAUCCGAAAGACUACGAAUACUAUUGGAAAAAGGGAAUGGAAAAAGGAGUCAAAAAGCACCGAGCGUUUUUGAAGAAGAUAUAACCUUCAAGAGCGGUGACAGCAAAACUAAUCUCAAAUCUCUAUCGUGUUCUGACAAGAUCCUCCGUUGGAACUACCUGGGGUGGGAGGGAUCACUGUUGGGAUGUUUGAUAAACCCAAUUUUUAUGUCCAGUAUAAAUUUUGAGGAAGAAUUUGUAUCUGAAGAGAAUUUGAAGCGCUCUCUAGUAAAGAGAAGUUUUCAGAGCAUAACUUCCGAAAUUGUUCAAUAUAUUCCGAUGCAGUUCAGAAAUGCGCCUGUUUUACAGCUGAAUAGAAUUAAUUCUGAAGAUAGCAUAUUGAACGCGGCGGACCCGAAUGUGUGGAGGAGAAAUGACUCAACGGCCGCUCUCUCGCUUAAUUGGUGCUUCCAUGACCAUCUUCCAGAACUAAUAGAACCCCUUAGAGGCCAAGUAUCUCAUUUAUCGCCCUUUAAACUACCGGCAUUCAAAGGUCAAUCUAGACUAUGCAAGAAGGCGUUUUUGAGCAGAUUCACGAAACACACUCAGUUAUUGCAGAGUAGCAAAGUUCCGGACAGUUACAGAGGUGCAAAGAAGAUUGCGUUGGCUGCUUUUGGACAUUAUGCAAUUGCUAGGAAGGGUUUUAUCGCCAGUUUUGAACCAUCACAAGGUGUAAUAUUGCAGCAGACACAAGAAAAGAAACUCUUUGUUAAUUUCUAGAUUAUUUAGCGAAUUGUAAACUAUUGUAAAGAGCUAUUUUUUUUAUUUUCUCCUUCAUUUGUGG